AUGACCACUGUUGAAAGACCAUUCGCUUCUGCCUUUCUUGAACUUAUCAGUUUGUCGGAAGAUGCCGGAGCCAACGAAUUCUAUUCAACUACUGAAUACGGAAAGCUUGCAUCAUUAGGUCCAACCCUUCCUAAAUUGAAGGCAGUAUUACCUAAGAAGGGUGCUGAGACCAGUGUCGCAGAAACCAGACUGUUCAAGCUCUCGUUCAAGUCUAUCAAGCCUCCAUUCAAGUUCAGUACACAGUUGGUGAACGUCCCGGAAACACAUACUGUUUACAAAGUGAAAUCUGAUUUAGUCGAAGCAUUGCCAUUAUUGAAAGAUGCUGGUGUCACUGCUUCGGACAUCAAGAUGUUGGUCAAGGGGAAGGUCAUCCCGGACACAUCUGCACUUUCCAUCGUAGCUGUUGCUGCCAGUGAUGAAAUUUCGUUUAUGUGCAUGGUUAGUCCUCCUAAGCCUCAAGAGGUAAACACAGUCGAGGCUACACCAUCUACUUUGGACGAUCCAGAAACCGUUUCCCCAGCUGCUUUCUCUCCCGGAACUAUACCGCAGGGAACUUGGACUAAACUUAAGGCUGUCUUGGUUGAAGAUCUUGGCUCUGCCAAUGCUGAGAUAGCAUUUGAAAGAUUACAAAAAAGUGUGAAUUAA